AGUUUCCCGAAGAACCUGAUGGCCUGUUAAAUUAGCUUGCAGUUUGUUGAAAGAGUUGAACAAUGUCGACGACGUCGAUCGGCAGCAGGCUUUUGCCACGGCUAUGGAUGGGGAUGCCACAGAUGACCAAGCCUAAUGUAGGAAGUCUAGGCGUAGCUUUGUCGCAAAACAAUGCGGCGGCCUCAGCAGUGCUUGACAAUGAUGCUGUAUCGACAUCAGCUCGCGUUCUGGUGGAUAGCUUUAUGCCAGCCAGCUCACAGCUGCGAGACAAACAAGUCCUCAGCAACUUUGCUUCGGACCAAUCAGUCGACGUAUUCUUUGGGCGUGGCUCCGCGCCGGCAGCGCAAAUUGAGCCAUCAAUAUGCUUGUGGGACUCCCGCAUCGUUUCCUUCAACGUGGCUCAGUUACUUGCAACCGCACAACGGCAACAGCAGCAGCCGCUGCAGUUGCUGGACAGCCUCCCCUCCCGGCCCGAGCCGCUCCGUGCGCCAUCCGGAUUGGGAAUACAAAUCCCGCUGCGGUCGCCAGUGCCCGCCCCUGCCCCCGCACCCCAGGAGCUCCCCCAGCAGCUGCCCUCCACGGAGGGGGAGGUCGCCCCGGGUGCCGCCGUGCCGCUGCAGUGCGGCAACCGCGGCAACACCUACCAGCCCAGCCGCAAGAAGCGAGUCAACAAGCACGGCCUGGAAAAGAGGCUGAGUACCCCCCAGGGCCGCGAUGUGCUGCUGCGGCGGCUGCGCAAGGGGCGCUGGCGGCUUACCGUGGACUCGUUCAGAUGAGCGGGGGGCAGCAGCAGCACCCUGGGGAGUAGGAGCAGCAGCAGCGGGCGUGCAGCAGCGAGGGGAGGGAGCAGCCGCAGCACAUACGAGGGCGCAGCAGGCGCGGCUGUGUAGCGCCUGGUUAUGUAUAGGAGCUGAGUGCGGUGAGGCGGCAUUUGACAGAAGCGGAAGUAGUGCCCCCGUGUAGUGGCCUCGCGGCUGCUCAGGGGGGAAAUGGAGGUGUGGUGAAGUGUGGCGUGGCCAUGUGUGUUAGGGAAUCUGGCCGCGAGUCGCAACGUACUGUGGCGACGUGGCAAUGCGUCGCAUGGACCACUCCUCCCGAGGGAAUGACAGGACGGUGGGGCCGGGAGGGGGGGCUACAGAAAGGCGGUGCUGGAAUGCUUGUGAGUUGUGAG